ACAGAUUAGCGGCACAUUUUAGAGUAUGACAGUAACUACAAACAGCUCUUGACACUCAGAAUUACUAUUGAGUUAUGUCAUUUUAUUUGUCUAAGAUUUUAAAAAAGCCCCCCAAAAAAUGGUUAAUUUCAAUCAUAUUGUAUGUUUAUCGAUGGUUAAUAGGCUCUUUCGCGGAUAAAAUAUUCGACUGGAUAAAUAUAUUCGGUAGAAAGUCGUCUGCUUUACCACCGGUACAAAAUCCACUGCUUCUUGAUUCAGCAUUAGGAUUAGCUGCGAAAAUCAGAAAGAGACAAGUGAGUUGCCUCAGUGUAGUUCGAACUUUCAUUCAUCGGAUUGAGGAGGUCAAUCCUAUCAUUAAUGCAGUUGUUGAUGAAAGGUACGCCGAAGCCUUGGAAGAUGCUGCCUUCGUGGACGUGCUGGUCAGUUCCGGCGAAAAAACGGAACAAGAACUAGAAGAAGAAUUCCCACUCCUCGGAGUGCCUCUUAGUGUGAAAGAAGCUAUUAGCGUAAAAGGUAUGCUGUUCACAUCAGGGGUUGUGAGUCGGCGAGGUACCAGAGCAAAGGAGGACGCCGACGCUAUAGCUUUACUUCGUAAAGCCGGAGCAAUACCUAUUGCUGGGACAAAUACAAGCGAGCAAUGUUUCUGGAUGGAAGCUUACAACAACGUCUAUGGAAGGACGAAUAAUCCUUAUAAUCAAAAGCGUACACCUGGUGGUAGUAGUGGAGGAGAAGGAGCUCUGCUCGCUUCUGCUGGAUCUGUCGUAGGUGUUGGGAAUGACAUUGGCGGCAGCAUCAGAAUUCCAUCAUUUUUUAAUGGAGUUUUCGGCCACAAACCUUCCAGAGGUAUUGUACCGAAUCGGGGCCAUUAUCCACCUACUGAACCUGUUUUACAACAAUACAUAGGUACUGGACCAAUGUGCAGGUAUGCAACUGAUCUGAAAGUUAUGCUCCGUAUUAUGGCCGGUCCCAAUGCUACAUUUCUGCAGCUAGAAAGAAAGGUUACACUGAAGGCAUUAAAGGUGUUUUAUAUGGAAGACGACGGAGAAAGUUAUAUCACUUCGCCGGCUGCGGAAGGAGUGAGGAAUGCGGUGAGAAAGGUUAUAACACAUUUCCGGAAGAUAUGCGAUGUGCCUCCUCAGAAGGUUCACAUAAGAGGUCUGAAAUACGGAUUUCAAAUCUGGGGCCAUGCCGUAUCGGCAGCAGUGGCAGAUGUAGCUCGAGUAGAAGCCCGAGUUUUUGGUGAAGAUAGUUCAACUUCCGUUUUCAAAGAAUUCGUUUCCGGUUUGUUUGGCUGGUCAGACUAUUCUCUUCCAGCAGUCACUACCGUCAUGGUUGAAAAAUACUUGGGUCCUAAAAGCAAAGCCGACGCAGAACCCUUUAUUCGAAUCCAGAAACGGUUAGAGAAAGACUUCCAGAACUUGUUGCAAGAUGAUUGCAUUUUCGUUAUGCCAACAUUACCACAGUCCGCCGCUUAUCAUUAUGCCAAUACUUUGAGGCCUCAAAAUUGUGGCUAUGUAGCUAUAUUCAAUAUACUGGGAUUGCCGGCUACUCACUGCCCAGUAGGAUUGGAUGAAAAUGGAUUGCCUAUAGGUGUGCAAGUUGUUACAGGAUUAAGAAAUGAUUACUUAAAUUUAGCAGUAGCCAGAGAAAUUGAGCGUGAAUUUGGAGGAUGGGUUUGUCCUGGCCCUAUUGUGUGAUGUGUGACUUUCUUAUAUUAAGAAAUGUUAUUUUUUAUAAAGCGUUAAAUUUACCUGUA